AUGGAUUCCCGGGCACGAAGAAUUAUGAAACUACUAAAUUCACCAAGUCACCAUAGAUUGGAAUGCGGCAGUGAAAAUGAUCGAUCUUUAGCAACAGAAAACGUUAUUUGUAACGAAGAAAAAGAAGACAUACUGUUUGAACCUACUAAUCCAGAAAAAAAUACAACUGCUGUUACUCAGCAGCAACCAAUUGUUUUUGAUAGUUCUGAAGAGAAAAUACCAUCACAGGAUAGGGUUCCUCCUGUGGAAAGUGACGUCGUAAUAGGAAAUAGUAAUAGGAGCUCCCCUCAGAAACCCAUCACGCGCCGUCGUUCUUCUAGCUCAAGUUCGUCCAGUUCUAGUAGCUCUGGAAGUUCUAGAUGCUCUUCUGACGAUCAGCGACCAUCUUUAGAUGAAAACGCCGAACCACAGCCUAGUACUUCAAGAGCCAAUGUUUUACCAUCCUUAAUGACACCGAUUUGCAACUAG